AUGGAUCAAUACAGUGCACCCUACAGCGCCCCCCGCAAGACUAUCUCGAAGUGGUGGCCCAUUGGCUUCUUUAUUUCUGCUGUUAUCCUCUUCAUCAUCGGUGGUGCCCUGAUCGGGUCCUACCUCUCUGCUGGAUAUAAGACCUGUACCUCGGCACUGUACUAUGGCGACUAUACCUACGACUACUCCUGCUUCGCGGGCAAUAUUGGCCAGUACAAUGGUGGCAUUGCCAUGCUUGUCCUCGGUGGUCUAUCCAAAUUUAUUGGCUGGGUUCUCUUGAUUGUCUAUUGCGUGCAGCGCCGCCGUUAA